UUAAAAAAAAAUCGUUUCAGCAAUUUUAAGGUUAUCGCAGGCUGACUUUUGACGUCACGUCUCCUGUCAAAAUUUCACAACGUGCUAAGAUGUGUGACGAAGCAGUGCUCCAAAAUGGGGACUUGGCCCCCCCGAAGACUGCCAAACAAUUGGAAAAAGAAGCAAAGAAACAAGCAAAAUUGGACAAGUUGAAGCAAAAAUUGGAAAAGCAACAAAACGCUGCGCCGAAGAAGGAGACCGAGAAAAAAGAAAAGAAGAAGGAAGUUAAGGAGGCUGCGGUUUAUAGUAUACCGACACCGGAGGGUGACAAGAAGGAUAUUGCUAAUGCUUUGCCUGAUGCCUACAGUCCGCAGUUCGUAGAGGCGGCGUGGUAUCCCUGGUGGGAAAAAAAGGGGUUUUUCAAACCAGAAUAUGGGAGAAAGUCAGUGGGUGAGCCCAACCCCAAAGGCAAAUUCGUGAUCGUAAUUCCACCUCCAAACGUCACCGGUUCGCUCCAUUUAGGCCACGCAUUGACCAAUGCGAUUCAAGACUCCAUUGUUCGAUGGCAUAGAAUGAGAGGUGAGACGACUCUGUGGAACCCCGGUUGUGACCACGCCGGAAUUGCCACUCAAGUCGUCGUAGAAAAAAAAUUAUGGAGAGAUGAGAAAAAAACGCGACACGAUAUCGGACGUGAAGGGUUCAUUAGCAAAGUGUGGGAAUGGAAAGAAGAAAAAGGGGACCGUAUUUACCACCAGUUGAAAAAACUGGGCUCUUCAUUCGACUGGGACCGCGCCCAGUUCACGAUGAACCCCCGCCUGUCUCGUGCAGUAACCGAAGCAUUCGUGCGUUUGCACGAAGAAGGCUACAUCUAUCGCGCCAAUAGAUUAGUAAACUGGUCUUGCACUCUCAAAUCGGCUAUUUCCGACAUCGAAGUCGACAAAAUUGAAAUUCCGGGACGUACAUUCUUGUCAGUCCCCGGCUACGAUGAGAAAAUCGAGUUUGGGGUUUUAGUAUCUUUUGCUUAUAAAAUCGACGGUUCGGAUGAGAUAAUCGUAGUGGCUACGACCCGAAUCGAGACGAUGUUAGGCGAUACAGCCGUGGCGGUGCAUCCCGAAGACGCCCGAUACAAACAUUUGCACGGCAAACAAGUGAUUCACCCGUUCUGCGACCGGAAAUUGCCGAUCGUGCUCGACGAGUUCGUUGAAAGGGAUUUCGGGACAGGAGCGGUGAAAAUCACGCCUGCGCAUGACCCUAAUGAUUAUGAAGUGGGGAAGAGGCAUAAUUUGCCCUUUAUCACGAUUUUUGACGAUAAAGGGUACAUUUGUGGCGAUUACGGGAAAUUUACGGGAAUGAAGCGUUUCCAAGCUAGGAAAGCCGUGAUCGAGGAGUUGAAACAGUUGGGUUUGUAUGUUGAGACGAAGAAUAAUCCGAUGGUGGUGCCGGUGUGUAGUCGCAGCAAGGAUAUUAUCGAGCCCAUGUUGAAGCCCCAAUGGUACGUUAAGUGUGAUGAAAUGGCAGCGAAAGCAGUGGAAGCUGUCAAUUCGGGUGAAUUGAAGAUUAUUCCCGAGAUGCAUAUCAAAACGUGGCAUUAUUGGAUGAAUGGGAUUAGGGAUUGGUGUAUUUCGAGACAGUUGUGGUGGGGGCAUCGAAUCCCGGCCUAUUAUGCAACGUUGAAGAGUCAAGGGGGCAAACCGGGCUCUGAUGCCGAUGACCAUUCUCGUUGGAUCUCCGGUCGCACGGAAGCCGAAGCCCGUGAUAAAGCCGCCAAACUGUUCAACACCACACCCGACGACGUCAUCCUCACCCAAGACGAGGACGUCCUCGACACGUGGUUUUCCUCCGGUCUCUUCCCAUUCUCCAUCUUCGGAUGGCCUGACGAAACGGAAGAUUUGCGCAUCUUCUACCCAACAUCGCUCCUCGAGACCGGCCACGACAUUCUCUUCUUCUGGGUGGCAAGAAUGGUGUUUUUCGGACAGAAACUCCUCGGGAAACUCCCGUUCAAGGAAGUUUACUUACAUCCGAUUGUCCGGGACGCACACGGUCGCAAAAUGAGUAAAUCCCUGGGGAAUGUCAUCGACCCGAUGGACGUCAUCAAGGGAAUAACUCUGGAAGAGUUGCACCAGCAGUUGUAUGGGAGUAAUUUGGACCCGAGUGAGAUUGAGAAGGCCAAAGCCGGGCAAAAACGGGAUUAUCCUGAAGGUAUCCCUGAAUGUGGGACUGACGCACUCAGAUUCGCCUUGUGCGCUAUGUGUUCCGGACGAGACAUCAAUUUGGAUAUUUUACGAGUGCAGGGAUAUAGAUUUUUCUGUAAUAAAAUAUGGAAUGCGACGAAAUUCGCACUGACAUAUUUCAGUGAUGAUUUUCAAGCUCCGACAAGUGGGGAGCUUGUAGGUAAUGAAAAAGUGAUGGAUUUGUGGAUGUUGAGUCGCUUAGCGGCCGCCGUCAGGGAUGCCAAUCACGGGUUUUUGCACUACGAGUUUCCUACUGCCACUACCGCCAUCUACAAUGUCUGGCUUUAUGAGCUUUGCGACGUCUACUUGGAAUAUUUGAAACCGAUAUUUGCAAGUGGUGAUGAAGCAACGAAAAAAACCGCCCAAGUGACACUUUACAGGGCUUUGGAGGUCGGUUUACGCCUCCUUUCGCCCUUCAUGCCUUUUAUCACCGAAGAGUUGUACCAGAGGUUGCCUCGACCCAAAGAAAUUCGCGACAACAUUCCAAGUAUUUGUGUUUGUCCGUAUCCCGAACCUGAAGAUUGUCCCUGGAGGAACGAAACGCUGGAACAUGAAGUUGAUUUUGUGCAAAAGGUGGCCAAGGCAAUCAGGUCGGCGCGGAGUGACUACAAUUUGCCAAACAAAACCAAAACCGAAGCUUAUCUGCAGUGCAGCGACUCGGCGACCGAGACAACCCUCACCAAGUUCAUCCCAGCCCUACAAACGCUGUCUUACUGUUCGAAAAUCGGUGUUAACGAGCAAGCGCCCCCAGGAUGCGCCAUCAUCACCGUCUCGGACAAAUGCCAAGUCAACUUACUGCUCAAAGGAUUGAUCGAACCGGCGAAAGAAAUCGCCAAAAUCGAGAAAAAACUGGACUUUUUGCAAGGCACCAAAAACAAAUUGAACCAAGCGAUGAGUGCGGCUGAUUAUGCGACCAAAGUACCACCCGAAGUCCAACAAACCAAUAGCGAAAAGUUGGCACAGACCAUUGUGGAAUUCGAGAGAUUGCAAACUGCAAUCGAAGCUUUAAAAUUGAUGGAAUAAAGUGAUUUUGCUUUAGUAAUUUAUUUCAGUUUAUUUAUUUGUAGUGUAGGUGGUGAUUGUAAAUAAGGUUACGAGGCAUUUACAAUUUAAUCAGGUGAAUAUACAAUUGUUACAAUCACAGUAUUAUAGCUUAGCCUAUUUUAAGUUCAGACAUAAUAAACUUUUCCAAUUUUAA